AUGGAACUUCAACAUCUUAGCCAUAAUCAUCCUCUGGUUUUCAAUGAAGAGCGAAACCGUGGAAGUGAUCAGAAGGUUUAUUGCUCUGAGUGUGAGGAGGAGAUUUCGGGUCCAAGGUUUAGCUGUGGGACAUGCGGGUUUCAUCUUGGCAAGAACUGCGCCAUGGCACCUUCAGAGAUAAAUCACCCCUUUCAUUGCAACCACAGCCUUAAUCUUUUAGCAAGAGCGCCAUAUGGUGCAGACCUUCACAUCAAAUGUGCUUUGUUUUUGUAUAACAUUGCCGAAAAAAAAAUGGAGAUCAGCUUCAAUGGAUAG